GUCUUCUUUCUACGUAAUCCGACGUAGCGCUCGCGACUGUUCCGAAUGCACCUGUCAGACUACUUCAAAAGUUCCUCCACGAAAAUGCAUUUUCGCCUCGUUCCUACGUCCGACUGACGCGAUGUCCGAAUCGAAUUCGCCUAAAACAGACACGAGCAGCUCCAGCCUUCUGCGGCGCUUUCGCUUUCAAAAGAAACAAACGAAGGCGAUGAACAUGUCCGAUGACGACAGUAAUUUGGUAAGUUCUGAUGUACAAAUACGCCGCAAAUCUGUAAAUCGCAUUGAAGACAGCGAUAGUGAUAUUGGUAGUCCAGCCAAACCGACAAUCUCAAAUUCAGACACUAAUACCAAAGGUAAAGAGCACAAAUUGAAGUACCUGACAACGCUGUAUCCACAAAAUAAUGCAUUGGUAAGUAAAACGUAUACAGGAAGUACUUAUUAGUACCAAUUGGAAUAUUGAAGAGGCUGAAGAGACACUUAGAAAUAAUAAGAAGAGAAACUCAAAGGAAUCUCCAAAACUUAAGAAGAAGAAAAAGAGAAGGAAAUUGAACAUGGAAGAAGAUGUGGAUGUUGACUCUGAUGAAGGAGAUUAUAAAGACAAAGUAUUCGAUAGUGAUGAGGAUUCUGAUGUGGAAAUAUCCAAUGAACUCACAGGUGACAAGAAGGCAGUUUUGGAAUUCAUGCAAACUGCCAUGUCCUCAGAGUUGCUUCUCAUGUCACAGUGUUCUCAAAAAAGAGCUAAUGCCAUUGUAGAAGCAAGACCAUUUGAGGGUUGGAAAGAUUUAGUAAAUAAAUUUCAAAGUACAAGAUAUUUAGAUACCGAAUUGCUAAAUGCAGCUCAGGUAUUGCUAUCUACGCGUCAUGUGGUGGAAACCCUAAUGAAAAAAUGCCUACGCUUGUCUACUAAUAUGGAGAAAUCUGUGUCUGCUGGCGCUUCGACUGUAACUCAGCAGCCAAAGACUCUAUCGUCAAAUUUAACAUUAGCCCCAUACCAAAUGGUCGGCUUGAACUGGCUUGCCGUUAUGCACGCACAGAAUGUGAACGGUAUACUUGCCGAUGAAAUGGGUCUAGGAAAAACAGUGCAGGUGAUAGCCUUUUUGACUUAUUUAAAGGAAGCUGGUCUGACCGAUGAACAGGACGGCCCUCACUUAAUCGUCGUUCCCAGUUCAACGAUAGAAAAUUGGUGGAACGAGUGGGAGAGAUGGUCACCUAGCUUGAAAGUUGUACAAUAUUACGGCUCUCAAGACGAACGGAAAGAGAUGCGAAUGGGUUGGCGAAACGGUGAUCUUGACGAUGUCGACGUGUUGUUAACUACAUAUAGCUUGAUCUGCAGCACUCCGGAGGAACGUAGACUAUUUCGUGUUAUGCCGCUUAACUAUGUCGUUUUUGACGAAGCACAUAUGUUGAAAAACAUGAGUAGUAUUAGAUAUGAAAAUCUUGUCAGAAUUAAUGCUAAACAUCGCAUUUUAUUAACUGGAACUCCUCUACAAAAUAAUUUAUUGGAAUUGAUGUCUCUGUUAAUAUUCGUAAUGCCUUCGUUGUUUGCUGGUAAACAAGCCGACCUAAAAAGCUUAUUCUCUAAGAAUCCCAAAACACCGGCCGAUAAAAAGGAUGGAGAGCAGCCAUCGUUAUUCGAGAAAGAGCAAGUUAAGAAUGCGAAGGAGAUUAUGCGUCCGUUUGUUCUUCGCCGACUGAAAACUGAAGUUCUACGCGAUCUGCCCUAUAAGAAGGACGAAAUAAUACGAUGCGCAUUGACUGAGAAGCAGCAAAGUAUGUACGAAAAAUUAAUCGCGCAAUUUUCAGCGGAGGCCAGCGAAAUCACAGAUGUAAACGGAACCGGCAUGAUGAUGCAGUUAAGGAAGCUCGCCAAUCAUCCUCUUCUAGUGCGUGAUUAUUAUAAUGAAGAGAAGCUUCAGAACAUAGCAAACAGAUUGGCGAAGGAAUCGAGUUACAAACAAAAAAAUCCUAAUUACGUGUACGAAGAAUUGAUCUGGGCGUCUGAUUAUCAAAUAAAUCAAUUGACACGAAUAUACAAGAGCGUGGCCGGAUUCGGCUUGCCUCAGGAACUUAUUCCUCAAGCUGGCAAAUUGAAACAAUUGGACGAAAUGCUGCCAUGUUUGAAAGAGGGUGGUCACAGACCACUCAUAUUUAGCCAAUUUACUAUGGUGUUGGACAUACUCGAGGAAUACUUGACUAUUAGAGGACAUACAUUUUUAAGGCUAGAUGGUAGCACGCCUGUAACUGACAGACAAACCUUGAUCAAUAAUUAUACGCAAGACUCAAGUAUAUUCAUAUUCCUGUUGUCCACAAGAGCCGGAGGUUUGGGGAUCAAUUUAACAGCCGCGGAUACGGUCAUAAUUCACGAUAUAGACUUCAAUCCGUACAAUGACAAACAAGCGGAAGAUCGGUGUCAUCGAGUCGGUCAAAAAAAACCAGUUACUAUAAUUAGACUGUUGAGUAAAGGUACGAUAGAAGAAGGUAUGUACGAGAUAGCUCAAGAAAAAUUACAUCUCGAAAAACAAAUCACUGGGAACGAAGAGAAUGAAAAUACGGAUAAGAAGUCUGUCCUAAAAUUAUUAAAAAUGACUAUAGGUCAAGAUGUUCACAAUAAAUCUCUAUCUUCAACGAAAAAUGCCAGUAAAGGAUCUGAUACAUUAGCACAUGAUGAGAAUUGUAAAUAAGGAAUCUAAUCGCUGUUUGUAAUUUUGCUAUUUAAAAUUCAAUAAUUUUUGUAUAUUCCGGUAUGAAGUCCAUAUUCUGCGAACGCUAAAUAUCUACUUUGAGGAUGCGUUCGAAGAGCACGCUACCAACACUACCACGUUCUUCUAUCUGUAUCGCUCCUUGGGCUGCGUUCGGCGAGACGCUAUUUACCGCUAUGAGUAUGCUCUGUCCUUGUUUGUUGAUGAAAACCAACAUGUUGUUUGUCCUGAAAGUUUGAUGAAAACCAAUGUUGUUUGUCCUGAAAGUUGAUUAAAGACAGAGGACGCUCAUAGCGCUAACUAGCGUCCCAAACGCAGCCCGAGAUAUACAAGGAUAAAAUGACACUGUAGUGCUGAAUAGCGCUAAUAGCGAGCUCCUCGAACGCACCCUGAGAGUAACAAGUUGAAGUUAGAAAUGCGUAUUUAGCGUUUGCUUAUGCAUUCAAGAUCAGGUUCUGAAAACACCGAGUCGUCGUAUAUAUGUAUGAAAAAAUAGAAAACAGAUCUUUUGUAACGUAUGAAAUGUCGAACGUCCCAAUUUUAAUUCAACUCAAAGUGAAUAGAUACCGCACAUUAUUUAGAGAUUUAUUUUGUACGAUGUCCUGCAAAACAAUGUCUUUUGUGGUUUUGUAUGUCUAUUAAAUCAUUCCUUUAUUUAUCUACACAAUAAAUGUUUAUUUUGCCCGCUA